UUGUACAACAAGCUACAAACAAAAAAAAUAAACAAGUGACUGAACAACUUAAACAAAAAGCAAGUGUGGUGUUAAUUAAUAAAACAAUUAACAAAAUUAUUAAUAAAUUAAAGCUUUGAAGCAAGUUAUUAAAAAAAAAACACAACAAAUUUAACAAAAUGUUUAAUGUACAAGAAUUAAUGGAAUAUCGCAUGCAGCAACAAAUUGCUCAAGAAAUUUAUCGCCAGCAAAUUAUGCAACGUAUACCAGAUCCCUUUCCCCAAAUGAUGCCCAUGGGCAUGCCCCAUCACAUGAUGGUGCCCGCACCACGACCCACUUUACCCGGUCAAGUUGAGGCCAAAUUGGAAAAUAAUGAUUUAUGGCAACAGUUUCAUAAAAUUGGCACUGAAAUGAUUAUCACCAAAACUGGAAGACGUAUGUUUCCUUCGAUGCGUGUCUCGGUUAAGGGUUUAGAAGAAGAAUCUCAAUAUUGUGUGUUGUUGGAAAUGGUUCCAAUUGGUGAUUGUCGCUAUAAGUUUUCGGGUUCUCAAUGGGUGCCAGCUGGAGGAGCUGAACCUCAAUCGCCCCAAAGAAUGUUUUUGCAUCCCGACAGUCCUGCCACCGGCUCUCACUGGCAAUCUCAAACUAUAUUAUUCAAUAAAGUCAAAUUGACCAACAAUACCAUGGACAACAGUGGUCAUAUUGUCUUGGCCAGCAUGCAUAAAUAUCAACCUCGUUUGCAUCUUAUUAAGACAUCCGAUUUGUCCCAAUUACCCUGGGCUCCUCAGCAAAAUUAUGUAUUUCCUGAAACCGAAUUCAUAGCAGUUACUGCUUAUCAGAAUGACCGUAUUACAAAGUUGAAAAUUGACAACAAUCCCUUUGCUAAAGGUUUCCGUGAGACUGGUCAAUCAAAGUGUAAAAGAAAAAUGAUGUCGUCGUCGUCUUCCUCCUCCUCCUCUUCAAGUCAGCAUGAGGAAAGUGAUGAUUGUUUGUCGAAAUCUGAAGAUGAUCGUUCAAGUGUUUCCAGUUUUGACUCGCCACCCCAGCAAAAACGUCUAAGAUCCUUAGAAUCUUCCGAUGAGGAAUCCUGUUCAUAUGCUGCUUCAUCGAUUUCACAGUCUGCUCGUUAUGAGGAGUAUUUGCAGGCUCACCAGAGACAGCAGCAGCUACAGGCGGCACAAUACAUGAAUUCUCCCACAUCAUCGUUUUAUCAUCCCCAGCAACAAUUGGCUUCUACGCAAUUUAUGCAACAGCAUUUACAUUCAUUAAUAAUGGAUCCUUUCAGGAUGCUGUUGCCCGCAGCAACAGCACCACCACCUACUAUGUAUCACCCUAAAUCAGUUAACGAAGAAACUUCUCAAUUAACCACCUCCUCAUCACCUUCUCCCACCCCAUCAAACUCAUCUUCAGCUUCUUCUUCAACAGCUGAGCCAUCUCCUUCCUCAUUAUCACCAGCACCAGCUCAACCUACUUCUCAAAAGAGAAAUAAUUUCAGCAUUUCAGCUAUUUUGGCUUAUUGAAAACUUGUGAAUAGUGGAUAGUGAUUGAAAAGAGUUUGAAAACAUUUAUUAAAGAUUGUGAUGAUUUAUGUAUGCUGUGCAUCGUUAUACUUCUUUAUUUUAUAAGUUAUGAAUUUUAUUGUUAAACAAAUUUGUUAAAUUAUUUAUACCUUGAAAUUAGUGUUAAAUGAAACAUUGUAAAUUAGUUUGUAAGUUAUUUUUCGUCUUUGAAAAAUUUAUAAUAAAAUCUCUAUGAAUCAAGAAUAAUAA